AUCCUACCAUAUUUCCAUCCUGAACAAAAACAAAAUGCAGCCUACCCAUCGCCUGCUACUCCAACACACUCUCCGCCUCCAACAGACCCUCCGCCUCACGCUCUUCACGCGGGAGAAUUGCUCCCUCUGCACCACGGCCAAAAGCGUGCUGGGCCGCGUCUGGGACGAGCGACCCUUCGAAUUCCGCGAGGUCGAUGUCAUGAAAGCCGGCCAGGAGAGGUGGAAGGCGCUGUAUGAAUACGACACGCCGGUGGUCCACAUCGACCGCAUUACUUCGACUCUGUCAAGCGGAGCGCCAGAGGACGAUGAGACGACGAUGACGACGACGGCUGCAGCGCAGAAAUUGAUGCAUCGAUUCGCCGAGGGCGAAGUUCACAGAAUCAUGGACGCGGUCGAGAAGAACCGAUCGUGAAGGGGAUUCGGACCGGAAUAGGUUUGCAAUUGUUUUGUUACGCUUGUCGGCCGGCGCGGUCGUUCACUCAAUGCCCUGAGUUGUUCUAUGUUAUUAUUAUUUGAUUGCCUGGGUGGAUCUGUGUUUGGAGAUGCCCGGGCAUGCUCCGCUUCGCAAACUAUGUAUUUGUAUCGUCUCUUGGGAAGAAUUCGCAAUUGA